AUGGUGACCAAGGCUGUGUGCAUGCUGAAGGGCAAUGGCAUGCAGGGCACCAUCCACUUGGAGUAGAAGGGAAACAGGCCAGUCCUGUUACUGGGAUGCAUUACAGCAUUGAUGGAAGGCCUCCAUGGAUUCCAUGUUCACCAGUUUGGAGAUAAUACACGAGGCUGUACCAGUGUGAGUCCUCACUUUAGUCCUCUAUCCAAAAAACAUGAUGGGCCAAAGGAUGAAGAGAGGCGUGUUGGAGACCUGGGCAAUGUGACUGCUGGCAAAGGCAGGGUGGCCCAUGUGUCUAUUGAAGGUGCUCUGAUCAUGCUUGGAAACAAUUCUUUCAUUGGCCACAUAAUGGUGAUCCAUGAAAAAGAGGUUGACUUGGGCCAAGGUGGAAAUGAAGAUAGUAUAAAGAUCGGAAAUACUGAAAAUUAUUUGGCUUGUGGUGUAAUUGGGAUCGCUCAAUAA